AUGGAGCCAUCCACAAUAUCAUCCACCAUUAUUCCCCCAACUUCAUGGUUUACACCCAAAAGGUUACUUGCUAUAUUUUGUGUGAUUAACUUGUUAACCUAUUUGGAUCGAGGAGCAAUAGCUAGCAAUGGUGUUAAUGGUAGUAAAGGAACAUGCACUGAAGGUGCUGUUACUUGCACUUCUGGUUCAGGAAUACAAGGGGACUUUAACUUGAACAAUUUUGAAGAUGGAGUUUUAUCAUCUGCUUUUUUGGUAGGACUUAUGGUGGCUUCUCCAAUAUUUGCCUCUCUAACUAAAAGUGUAAAUCCAUUUAGGCUUAUAGGAGUUGGAUUGUCGGUUUGGACUCUCGCAACCUUAUUUUGUGGUUUUUCUUUUGAUUUCUGGUCCAUUUUAGUCUGUCGAAUGUUUGUUGGUGUUGGUGAAGCUUCGUUUGUAAGUCUAGCAGCGCCUUUUAUCGAUGACAAUGCCCCGGCUUCUCAGAAAGCAGUAUGGCUCGCAGUAUUUUACAUGUGUAUACCAUCGGGAUCUGCGAUCGGCUAUAUCUAUGGUGGUUUGGUCGGGAGUCAUUUUGGUUGGCGUUAUGCAUUCUGGAUAGAGUCUAUAUUGAUGCUUCCAUUUGCUAUUUCCGGAUUUUUAAUGAAGCCUUUAGAGUUAAAAGGGUUAGUUCCCGCCGAUUUGAUAAAGGCAGAAGUACCAGAGGAUAAAUCCAAUUCUACGUCUAAGGCGAAAAUGUUUGAUGAGUUCUCAAGAUUUUGGAUCGAUAUGAAAGCGCUUCUGCUUAAUAAGGUUUAUGUUAUUAAUACUCUAGGUUGCAUAGGGUACGUCUUUGUCUUAGGUGCGGUGGCAUAUUGGGAUCCGAGAGCGGGCUAUAAUAUUUACCACAUGACUGAUGCAGAUUUGGUAUUUGGAGGAAUUGCGAUGGUAUGUGGAAUAGUAGGCACGUUAGCCGGAGGUUUCGCUCUCGAUUUUGUGAAUAACAGUAACACCUUAUCAAAUGCAUUUAAGCUUCUCUCGGUGACAACACUUUCUGGUGCAGCAUUCUCUUUUGGUGCCUUCUUAUGCGAAAAUGUGAAUGCCUUUCUUGCACUUUUGUCUAUCGGCGAACUUCUUGUUUUCGCCACUCAGGGUCCUAUGAAUUAUGUGUGUCUCCGUUGUGUUGAACCAAGUUUGAGGCCGCUAUCGAUGGCUAUGUUAACCGUUGCAAUUCAUCUCUUUGGAGAUGUGCCUUCCUCGCCUCUUGUCGGACUUCUCCUGGAUAGCAUUAACAACUGGAGAACAACUAUGUUGAUCCUAACGACCGUAUUGUUUCCGACGGCUGGAAUAUGGUUUAUCGGAGUAUUUGUGCAUAGUGUGGAUAGAUUUGAAGAUGAUAGUGGAAAUCAAGUGUGCACCAUACCUUUGCUUCAAGAGAAGACUGAAGAAACAUCAACAUCUAAUUCACAAUCUCAAGAAUGUUGA